AUGACCUACAGCUUCACUUGCCAUUCAGAUCGCUCGGGAAAUCAUCAAUGUUCGGUUUUGACGUUUGAAAAUGUCACCAUUAUGAUGGACCCCGCCUGGAAUGGCAGCAAUGUGGGUUAUGAUGAUGCGAUGGAAUUCUGGGCUCAGUUGAUUGCGCAAACGGAUAUCGUGCUUCUUUGCCAGCCAAUACCGGAAUCACUUGGUGCGUAUGCUGCAUUGUACACGAAGUUUUUGGCCCAUUUCCAGUCUCGCAUUGCGGUUUAUGCAACCCUCCCCGUGACGAACUUGGGUCGAGUUACAACGCUGGAUCUGUACGCAUCACAAGGCGUGAUAGGACCCGUAGAGUCUAAUCGCAUGGAUUUAGGAGACAUAGAAGAAGCCUUCGAUCAUGUUAUCACAGUUAAGUACUCGCAGAUCUUGGACUUGAAAUCGAAAUUCGAAGGCAUUACCUUGGUACCGUAUAACUCAGGUUAUGCACCUGGUGGAUCGAUUUUCUGCAUUACAACGUAUUCGGACAAAGUUAUCUACGCACCUCGCUGGAAUCACACUAAGGACACUAUUCUAAACAGUGCCGGAGUACUAGACAUUCUCGGAAAACCCGUUUCUUCGUUAAUGAGACCAUCUGCAAUUGUCACCACCACGUCCCACCUAGGACCAACACUGCCGUACCGCAAGCGUGCAUCAAACUUCAAGGAUCUUUUGAGAGAGGUUAUUUCAAAAAAUGGUACAGCUCUGAUUCCAAGUCAAAUCGGUGGCAAGUUUCUGGACUUGCUUGUCCUUGUUAAUGAUAUGCUUUAUGAACAAAGACGAUAUAGAAAUCAAAGCGACAUACCUGUUCUUUUAGUUUCUUACUCUAGAGGCAGAACUUUGACAUACGCAAAAAGCAUGUUGGAAUGGCUAUCCUCCGCUGUCGUGAAAACUUGGGAGGCUAGAAAUAACAGAUCUCCAUUCGAUUUAGGAUCUCGAUUUGCUAUUGUUUCUCCGGAAGAAUUGAGAAAGUUUCAAGGUGCAAAAAUUUGUUUUGUUUCGCAAGUUGAUACACUGAUAAAUGAUACUGUGGUAGCACUGGGACAGUCGGACAAAACGACCGUAAUUUUUACUGAACCCUGCACUGUAUCGGGAGGCUCUAAUAACCUUCUGUCAACCAUGUACGCCAAAUGGGAAAAAGCGAUGAAUGGAAAAGGCAAAAAAGCGGCUGAUGGAAGGCCUGUUACGUUUGGAGAAGCUGCAAGCUUACAGUUGUUUAAAUUGGACCAACUGAAGAAUAAAGAUCUUGAAGAAUACGAGAAGAAGAUACAAAACAGAAGAAGCGAGCAUACAGACCUCCUUCUAAAACUGCAAAAAGAAUCCACAGUUGUCGACAGCGCUUCUACUGUCCCUGGGAUGCUUGACAUAAACACGGCCGAAGACGACGAUGACGAUGACGUUCCAGAUUUAAUAACAGCCGCUGGUCGGAAAGCCGAUGCAGUGAGCAAGCCCGUUGAAAUUCCGAUUGACAUAUAUGUAAAUCCCGAGGCACCGGCUAGAUUAAAGAUGUUUCCCUUCCAACCUUUGAAAGUGAAGCAUGACGAUUAUGGUGACGUCGUGGACUUUUCGCAAUUCAUUCCUAAAGACCAAUUAGUUGAAGCUGAGUAAAGAUCUUCCGCGGAUGCCUACGAUGAGGAAGAAGAUCCUUACGAAUUAGAGGUCUCUUCGAGAUCCACCAAGAAAAGACGUGGGGGCGGUUCAGAGAGGAAGAAUAACAGUAAGAAAGAGGAAAACAUGGACGAUGCAUCGUAUCUAGAUGCCCUCAAUAAACCUUAUCGCAGAAUUGCGAGUGACGCUCACAUCAAUCUAAAAUGUCUGGUGGCCGUCGUAGAUCUGUCCAGUUUGGUAGAUCAGCGUUCAAUGUCGGUAAUAUGGCCAUCAUUGAAGCCUCGCAACCUCCUGCUCAUGGCCCCCAAGGAAUCUCAGAAUUCAGUAGCUACGAAGACGCUAAGGAGCAAGCUGCUGGAUGUUAUAGAUCUCGAGUUCAACGCAACUGUCUCAUUUGAAACUGUUAUCAAGUCCUUGGACGUCUCUGUGGAUCCUGAACUCGAUCAGCGUCUCAAAUGGCAAAGUAUCAGUGAUGGCUAUACCAUUGCGCAUGUCGUGGGACGUCUGGUCCGCGAAAGCGUUAUACCAACAGAAGUAAAGCAACAGCAUCGCGAUAAGUGGGUGCUGAAGCCGCUAAUUAACGGCUCUAGACUGUAUCCCAAAAUAUCUCUCUCCAUUGGUGACGUAAAGCUGGCAGAGCUAAAGCGUCGGCUGACCCAUCAAAAUCAUGUUGCUGAGUUCAAGGGCGAAGGAUCCUUAGUGAUCGAUGGAAAGGUUGUUGUGCGGAAAAUAAGUGACGGUGAGACCGUCGUCGACGGAGCGCCAUCAGAACUUUUUUAUAAAGUUAAAGCUGCGGUUGCUGACAUGCUGGCAAAGGUAUGA